AUGACCAUGACCUCAGGAACAAACAAAUGGGCCUCGAGGGCUGUGGUGAUCCUACAAUUGGCAGCCUGGAGCGCCGUUGGUAUUGUACUACUGCAAAAAGGCGUAUCAUCUUUGCAAAAAGGCUCCGAGAUACGAAAUAUUACACAAUAGAAGAUUCAAAGCCCCGCGAAUCUGAAGAGCUUCCGAUUUCCCGGUCUGGCAACUCGAGAAUCUGGGAUGCUAAAUCAAUGGUUCACAAGCUGGAAAAGUUACACGAGAAAAAAGCAAACGAACUGAACUCACCCGACGAGUUCGACGAAAAAAUAGACGGGCCGCGAGUUUUAGAGAGUUUGGACUCGUCAAAAGAAGAAAAAUUAUCAGAAGAUAAAAAAGAUAUAUUUAUUAGCAAGAAAUCCGGGAAGACAAAAUUAGCGGACUUGGACGAGCUAAAGCCUCUGACUGACAUCAAAGACGUUUCCAUGAAAUUAAUAUUACCCGGGACGAAUUCCAGUCUUCAAAGACAGUCCGGGAUGCUGGAAUCUGAGAGAGCUUAUGAAGACACAUAUCAACGGCCUCUUAAUUUUUCUUCUUUGCCAGAAGACACCGAGAAAAAUAAUAAAACUCGGCUGGCGCCUGUGCAAACUUCAACCACGAAGCCGAGUAUUUGGGAGACAAGAAGAAGAUUAAGGUUGUCACAUCUGAGCGGCGGUGGAGCUGCUGCUGCAGUCGCGAUGGUCGCGGUAGGCGCUGUCAUGCUCGUUCUUGGACCCGCGGUUAUUGUUCUCAGGGCUUUGGACGAACGGCGACAGGAGCGGAGAUUUCUCAAGCUUUCUGCUCGAGAUGAUCUACCACCCACUUAUGAGCAAGCCACUUUAAUGGACGAGGCGCCGAGAUACUCGAGUUUAAGUUUGAAUACUAUUCUUGGACCGCCUCCACCGCCGUCCCCAACUCCCGCACGAGUUCAGCUCGUCUGA